UUGUACUAUUCUUCUCCAAGCUAAAGCAUCGCAAUGCCCUAAUCUUCACUGGCGGUUUUGAUAAUUCUCUCCCACACUAUUCGAGAUGUCUGAAAGUUCAUCAAGUAGUACAAAAGCAAAAGGCUUAUUGAUUUCUAUCUCUCAUAUUGCGUCUAAAACCUCAGUUCCUCGUAUAAGAGGUCGAAACCCGUCUUGCAAUCAAGUCGGUGGUGCAGCUGUAGCAUGGCUGCCUUACACCCUCCGUUGGCCCUGCCUUGUCGCCACCUUCGUCUUUACCUGCCUACUGGGAAUAGCGGUGACGGUUGUUCACUCUAUCUCGUGGCGAAACUCAGGGCUUGUGACGGACGAUGGAUCUGGCAUUGUGCAAAUCGGCUCCAAAUUUGCGCCUACACUCCUCGCUACCAUAUACGUUUUCCUUGCAUCGAUACUCCUAGACGAUGUCAAACGCACGGAGCCCUUUGCUAGACUCUCUUCGCCGUUUGGUGCGCAGGCAGAUCUUUCCAUAUCCUGGACUGCUGAUGCAUGGUGGGACGCAUUGUUCAGCAGCUUGCCCAGUCGUCGUAAAAACACGAGUUGGGCGAUGCUUUGCGCAACACUAGCUUUCGUACUUGGCUUCCUCAUAAUUUCGCCUCCCUCUUCCUCUUUGAUCGUUUCACAAACUAUUGUCUUGACUCAAGAGACGAAACUACUGCAGCUCAACAUCAAGCCCAGCAUACCGAUACAUGCGAAAGCCUCGUCAGAAACUUUCUACCGCACCAUUGGAAGCGUUCUGCAAAAUGUGACUACGUCUGCUCACCUAUACUAUAAACAAUAAAAAUGAGCGGGACGUUACCCAUUUCUGGGUCCGCUAAAUUCGAAUCUUUAGUAUAUUUUAGAUCAAAUAAUAAGUCUUUCGCGAAGUCUAAGACUGAUGUACUAGACU